AUGGAAUCAAAAACAUCAACACCAAACGCAGAAAAUUUCUGUAAAUGGCAAAAUUGCAACAACAAAUUUCCAAAUGCAUCAAAUUUAGUAUCACAUAUGAAUUCACAUACUUCAAAUCUAGAUAAAAAUAUUUGUUCGUGGGAAAAUUGCAAUCGUGAAUUACCUUCAAAACAUGCAUUAAUUUCACAUAUAAGAACACAUACUGGUGAAAAACCAUAUUAUUGUCCAAUACCUGAAUGUGAAAAACAUUUCAGUAGAAGUGAUGCUUUAACUAAACAUGUAAAAGGUGUACAUGAGUUAACGAAAACUGAAAAUAAAGAACUUCUUGAAUUGAGAUAUGCAGAUUAUGAAUUAAGUUUACCAUGGUGGUAUAAUCAGGACAUUAUAGAAUUAUUAAAUGAUAAAGAAGGUAGACUUGAUUUUCCAUUUGAUUUUAAACAAUAUAAAUUGGCUAACGAAAGGUAUAAACGUUUUUUGAAUGUUAAUAAUGAAAAUGAAAUAGAUGAUAUAAUAAAGAAAGAUGAGAAUAAUAGUUUAAAUUGGAAGAAUAUAAUUAAGAAACAAUUACAAUUUGAAAAUAAGAAGGUUAAUGAUAUUAACUCAAAUGAGAUAUUGGAGAAAUUGACUAAUGAGUCAAGAAAAUUAAUAACGGAAUAUAAGAAAGAAGAUGAUAAAGAUGAAUUUGAUGGAAUGAAUAUUCAAGAUUUGGAAAAAAGUUAUAACGAUAUGAUGAAUAAAUUGAAUACUGGUUAUAAAAUUAAUAAAAUUUUAGCAAAAUCAUUAGACGAAAAGAUUAAAUUGAAGAGAAAGUAUUGGGUUUACAAUCAAUUGUUUAUUGAUGCAAAUUUGAAGGUAGGAUUACCUCCAAAACGAUCACUGGUACCUCAAAGAGUAAUGCAAGAUGAAAUUGAUGAAGAAUUAUUAAGAUAUUGA